ACACACUCCUUAAUUAUAUCAUCAUUCAUCUCUCUCUCAUUUCUAUCUUAGGCCUUCUGAAAUCGCCAUGACCGUUACUCCGUUGGCCAUAGAAAUGGAUUCGGGUGAGAAGCGACUCAACGAGCUCGGAUACAAGCAAGAACUCAGAAGAGAGAUGACUCUAUUCAAGACGCUGGCGAUCUCUGUCUCGACGAUAACUCUUUUCACGGGUGUAACUCCUCUCUACGGCUCGAGCCUGCUCUACGCCGGACCAGCGAGCCUCGUGUGGGGAUGGCUUGUUGUCUCUUUCUUCUCGUGGUUCGUCGGGAUUGCCAUGGCUGAGAUCUGCUCCUCUUUCCCUACAACAGGUUCCCUUUAUUUCUGGGCCGCCCAUUUAUCUGGACCCAGGUGGGGCCCAUUUGCAUCCUGGUGCUGUGCUUGGCUUGAGACAAUCGGCCUCAUCACCGGAGUAGGUGCACAGGCUUAUGCAGGAUCCCAAACCUUGCAGAGCAUCAUUUUACUGUGCACCGGCACUAACAAAGGUGGGGGCUACUUUGCUCCUCGAGGAAUAUUCUUUUGUAUGUACGCGGGCCUCACCAUCAUAUGGGCUGUCCUCAACACGUUUGCAAUUGAAGUCAUUGCCUUCAUUGAUGUAAUAUCAAUAUGGUGGCAGAUUAUUGGAGGUGUUGUUGUGGUUAUAAUGCUUCCGAUCGUGGCCCCAACCAGGCAAUCUGCCUCCUAUGUGUUCACCCAUUUUGAAACAUCGCCGGAGUCGACCGGGAUAAGUAGCAAACCUUAUGCAAUCAUUUUAUCAGUUCUCGUUAGUCAUUACUCUAUAUAUGGAUACGAUGCGGCCGCACAUCUAACAGAGGAAACUAAAGGCGCGGACAGAAACGGCCCGAUCGCAAUCCUUACAAGUAUAGCAAUCAUCUCAUUAUUUGGAUGGGGAUAUGUUCUGGCUCUUACUUUCAGCAUUCAGGAUCCAAGCUACUUGUAUGAUACAGCCAAUGAGACUGCUGGAGCAUUGGUACCAGCACAGAUACUGUAUGAUGCAUUCCAUGGAAGGUUUCACAAUGCCAGUGGGGCCAUUGGUUUGCUCUUUGUGAUCUGGGGAUCAUUUUUCUUUGGUGGUCUCUCUGUCAUGACUAGUGCAGCUAGAGUGGUAUAUGCUCUUUCUCGGGACCGCGGCAUCCCAUUAUCAUCGAUCUGGCGCCGAUUGCACCCCAGGCACAAGGUGCCGGCCAACGCCGUGUGGUUAUGCGCAGCCCUCUGCAUUCUAGCCGGACUCCCCAUCUUGAAACUGAACCUUGUAUUCACAACCAUCACUUCCAUAUCCACCGUUGGAUGGGUCGGUGGGUAUGCGGUCCCGAUCUUCGCCAGGAUGGUCAUGGAUGAAAAAAACUUCAGGGCAGGGCCCUUCUAUUUGGGCCGAGCUAGAAGGCCCAUUUGCCUGGUGGCACUGCUGUGGAUAUGUUAUACGUGUUCGGUGUUCCUUCUGCCUACUGUCUACCCCAUCAAGUGGGACACUUUCAAUUAUGCCCCAGCUGGUUUGGGUGUGUGCUUGAUGUUGAUCAUGUUGUGGUGGGCGUUGGGUGCAAGGAGAUGGUUCAAAGGACCUGUUAGGAACAUUGAUACUCGGGUUUUGAGAGAGGAGACUGAUGGAAAGAUUGAUAUGUAUCAUGGAAAUGCUUAGCUUAUGCUUGCAUGGGUUGGUGCAUGUGCAUGCAUGGCACGUACGACAGGUUGUAGGAUAACACCGGGGAACAUUAUCAGUAGGGCUGUAAACGGGCCGGGCCUAUUCAAAAUUCUGGUUUUUAGGCCCGACCCCGGCCCAUUAACACCCCUAAUUAAUUAUCAGUGUACUUUCUUAUGGAAAUGGAUGGAGAGGACCUGGUGUAGUAACAGUAGUAGAGUGUUUGCUAUUCCACAUACGUGUAUAGAGCAG